GUACUCCCACGCCUCUCGUGGUUUUUGUCUGGCCGAGUCAACCCGAGCCUCGGCGAGACUGCGUCAGCUGUUCCCACAGCAGGCUUGAAGUGCCCCUCUGUGUUGAGGCUCGCAAAAAAAUGGGUGAGGUGAGCGUCGCUGACGACGAGUCCGACUCGACCGCCGACCUGCCGCUCACACUCGACCUCCUCCCCGAGGAUGCGCUCACUCGCAUCCUCGAGGCGAUUAGCGGUACGCACCACGAUCGGCGGCGCGAACUUUUCGCGGCGGCCUGCACCUGCCGACGGCUGCACGCCAGCGCGGCGCGCGCGGCACGCGAGCAUGUGCUGUCGCUGCUGCCUCCCGACUGCCCCUGGGUCGGGCAGCCGCCUCCGGUGUGGUCGCGCUGCUACGGCGAGGCGUGCGAGCUCUGGCGUGCGAGGUGGCGGAGCGCGCCCGAUGAUUUGAAUCUGAACGAGGGGCAUUCGAUCGCCUGCCCGCCGCAGCCAGUCUUUGCGCACUCCGCCUCGCUGUGGCGGCAGAAGCUCUUUGUCUUUGGGGGCAGGCACACCGAGACGUACAGCGACUCGCUCUCCAUGCUCGACCUCUCCGCCCCGUCGCCCCGGUGGGGGGAGGUGGCCACCCUCGGCGCGCCGCCCUCGAAGCGGCGCGCGCACACGGCCACCGUCUGCGACGGCCGGCUCUACAUCUUGGGCGGCGGCGUCGCGCACGCCGAGACGUGCGGCGACAUGCACUCAGUCUCGCUCACGCCGCCGCACACGUGGCGCGCCGAGCCGUCGCCGGCGCGCUGGCGCCGCUUCGGCCACACUUCCGUCCUCGUCGCCUCGCCGCCAGCCUCGCCGCCGACGCGCCGGCGCGCCCCUCCGCUGUGGUCGCCAUCCCCCCUCGCCACGGGCUUGGCCCUCGAGGCGCUCGAGGCUGGCGUCCGAGAAGCGCUCGAAGUCCAGGCGGCGCGGGGCGUGGCCGGCGGCGACCUCAUCGUAUUUGGCGGGGCGAGCUACCGUCCGGGCGCUGCGCUCGAGGGGGACAGCAUCACGCGUGCGUACGACGUGAGGCGCGCACGCUGGCGGGAGCUCUCCACCCGCGGAUCGGAGCCGCGGCCUCGCUACCGCCACGCCGCGGCGCUGCUGCCCGCGCCUGCCGCCGGCGCCGGCGCCGCCAUGGCCGUGUGGGGCGGCUAUCUGCGGCGGAUGGACGAGGGCUCGAACGUCCUCGCCACAAACGAGCUCUUUCUGCUUCGGCUACACUCGCUGACGUGGGAGGCGCCGCGCACGAGCGGCCCCUCUCCCGAGCCUCGAGGAGGCCACACGGCGUCGCUGAUCGGCGACAAGAUUCUCAUCUUUGGCGGCGGCCAGCUGACUCUCGACGGCGAGGAGGAGCGCUGGAACGAGCACGACCUGCCGGGCCUAGCGUGGCUCGACACCUCGUGCUGGGCAUACGGCGCCCCGGCAACCACAGGCGAGGAGCCGGGAGCGCGCGGCGGGCACACGGCGCACGUCAUCGGCCACGACGGCGCGAUCUCGCUCCACAUAGAUCAUAGUUGGCCGCCGUCGUUGCGGGGACAGCGGGCGGGAGCUACCGGGAGGCACCACGGCCGCGCAGAGGCGCACGUGCUGCAGCUGGGCGGCUGACAUGCGAGUUAAGGUGCUGCAUCGGUGCAUGCGUGCACACACUGUCGACAACCACCAGCCCGACGCUCACUACAGUUAACACCGUCGAGUCGAUUCACGAGGCGCGCCGCCGCGAGGGCUCAGUGGAAUUUAAACGACAGCGGGAGGCGGGGGGCGGGCGGGGCGUGUUGCGUGUGGUCAUUUGUGCAUUGACCAUUGUGAGUUAUCGGAACAUAUACAGGUGUCGAAA